UGGCAGAGAGGAGCUGUCACGUGAGCCCAGGGGUCACGGGCACAGCCCCAGCUCCCACUCAGCAGAAGGCCAGAGCUAGAGGGCUGUAGGGAUGACCCAAGAUUCUCCUGCCAGCGUUCCGCACCAGAGCUGGAGUGGGAGGCCAGGAGGGGAAGGACACACACAGCCUGAUGGAGGUGUGGGGACUGGAUCAGACGCACCACUCAGAGGGGAGAGUGUUACGGCAGCCAGGUCCCAGCCCUGACCCCCCACAAUCAGUGGAGGGAAGAGACCAAACUUCUAAUUUUGCCUCUACCAGCUACUGAGUGACCACAAGAGAAGCUCUAUCCCGCUCUGGGCCUGUUUUCCUAUCUGUGCCAGGGAGGGAGGCUGGCUGCCAUGCUUCACUUUACCAGCGUACCUAUCCCUUGCUCAGCCCUGGCCUGGACACACAGACAUGAUCCCUGAAGAAAUACUCAGUCGAGUAUGGCAAAGUCACCACUUGAGCCAGAAGAGGAAGGUGCAGAGUGGGGCAGAGGAGGGAAUCACUGACCCGGCUCCAGAGGAAGAGGCUUUUAGCUGGUCCGCAGGACACCCAGGGUGACACCAGAGUCUCAGGCCACCACAGCUGUGGGAAGACUUACCACCCAAUUCACACUUAUGGUACGGAUGGGGCCACCGACACCCAGAGAGGGAAAGGGACCUGCUCAAGUUCAUGUGCAAAUCAGGUGACUGGAACUCUGGUCUUCUAAACCCUCUUUGACUCAGUUUCUCCUUGGGGGAACUGAAGAAACGGAUUUUUAAUCAUUGCAGAGGAAGCAUACCACAUACAUUGGGACCCUUAGUGGGGCUGGCCAAUACCAUCUGGUUAUCUCCUACUUUAUGAAAAUAAUGCGUUCCAAUCAAGGUGAAUUCAAAUGAACUCUUAAAUGAAAUCUAUGCUACCCGUAAAUGUGCUUUUUGGACUCAGAACUGUAGAACUGUACUUCUCCGGUGUUGGGACACAGCAGCCCCUGGUAGUAUGAAUUUCAAUCUUUGAGCCAGUCCCAGGACAUGUUAGUAGGGGAAAGUGUAGGUAUAGAUACAGAUCUCAGCUCAGCUUCUUACUAGCUGUGUAAUCUGAGAUUCUCUCAGCCUCAGACUCUUCAUUUGUAAAAUGGGAAUGAUUAUAUCUACGUCAUGGAGCCACGUAGAGUGCCUGCUGUUCAAUGAAGAGUAUCAUGGAUGAUGAUGAUGAUGAUGAUGAUGAUGAUGAUGAUGAUGAUGAUACCGGAGGCGAAGAUGGAGGGAUGGUGGGGAUGGUGAUGACAGCAGAGAUGGUCAUGGUGGUGGUGGUGACGGUAGAGAGACGGUUCUUACCGAGGAGUGUUCAGAAUUUCCCUUUUCUUUUCGGGUAUCGGCAUCGGGAAGGAUGGGUUCCAGCUUGACAACUCUUUGGUGUGAGAAGCUUUGGGGUGUCUGUAAAGUGAAGCUGUGCCCCAUAUUGUGAGUUUUGAUUGUGAAGGUAAAUUGGUUCCGGAAGCAGGUGCUAAGGCCAUGCUCCCAGAGAACAAAUGCUGUCCCUUUUCCUUUGAGACCCUCUCACCCACCCAACUCAACAACUCCUGGGAAUGAAUAGGCAUGUGGAGACAGUUUCUCUGGACAAUGGGAAGUCCUGAUUACCCCCUACCCACGCCAGGACUCCUCAUCCCUGACCCUGCGCUAAUUUUUCCACAGAACUUAUCUUCUAGCAUAUGUUAUAAUUUACUGAUUUUCCAUAUUUAGUGUCUAUUUUUAUACCAGCCUCCCAGUGGGGUCCCAGCCUCCCUCCCCCACUAGAAGAGAAGCUUCAGGAGGGUAGGAACCUUCAUUUGGUUCACUGCUGUAUUCCAAACGUCUAAAAUAAUGCCUGGCACACAUUAGAUGCUCAGUAAAUAUUUGUUGAAUGACCAAAUGCUAAAAGGGUGGGAUCAAUGGCAGCCUUUGUUCCCCAGGACAGGCCCAGCUUCCUGGCUUGUUACCUGGUUUCUCCUCAAACAAACAGAGAGGGGUGAGGUAUAGCCCAGCGAGCCCGGCGUACAGGCUUUCGUAAGGGGCCCAGGCUGGGGCUGUGGGAGUGAGGGGGCAGUGCUCAGCUUGGGGGUUAGUCCCUGGCAAGACCAUGGCCUUCAGGGGGCCUGAACCCUGGGUUCCUGCAUCCCUGCAAUACCAGAGGCUGAAGGCCGAGGAGAAGGAGCUGGAUCUGGAGUUCGAAGUCUUGAGUGUGGGGUUUAAUGAGGAGGGCAGAUAUGCCCUGCGGCUUACAGCUGAGAACCCCCUGCAGGCCGGCUCUGGGGCUGGGGUACUGUUGCAGGUAAAUGAUGGGGACCCCCUCCCUACCUGCUCUGCUGUCACCGACGUCAUUGAGCAGCAGGAUCCUGGCCAGAACCUCGCCCUUACCGGGAACAAGUUUGUCUUUACUUUGCCCAAAGGGUUCUGCAAGAACGACUGGCAGCACGACGCGCAGCUGCGCGUUGAGGCGCUGCGACUGGGCGGGGCCUCGGGACACCCCGCCCAGCGAGUGGGCGAGGCCAUCUUCCCGGUCUUCCCGCGCCCGGACCAGCCCCGCAUGAACCUGUGGGCGCGGGAGCACGAGGACCUGUACCGCUACUGCGGCAGCCUGGCCCUGCUGCGCGCCAGCGCGGACCCCACGACCCGCCACUGCGGGGGCCUGACCUACAGCGUGGCCUUCCGCGAGCACCGGGCCCCUCAGCCUCCAGCCCCAAACUGCCCUCCGGGGGCCGGCCAGUCAGGACCCGUGUCAUCACGCCCAGAGCCCCGGCUGCCCAGGCUGCAGGUUUUGAGAGAUGCCCGAAGUGACCAGGAGACAGAAGUCUGUGUGUGUCCCCCUUCAAGCCCCUCCAGCUCCCACCACGGCCAGGAGGGACUCAGCCCUGAACCAGGAUUCUGGCAGCCUCGGACCCAAACUAGGGGUGGAGGGGUAAGGAGGAGGCCUCCAGAAAGCCAUAAGCUCCUGCCUCUUGUUGCCAGGAUGGGCCUGCUUUGGUCCCCAGACCCAGGAAAAUGGGAAGAACCCUCAAUAUGGGCUCUAAAACAGCUGGCAGAAGAAAGAGGCCGCAGGAGUUUUCCAGACACCUCUCAACCCCACCCAGUACCCCAGAUCUCACCUUUGCCGGACCAGGGUUCUGACCAUGUUUCGGGGCCCGGUUCCCAUCUAGCCUCCCCGGGGAGCAGACCUCACCCCAGGCCAAGGGCCAGUCAGUCCUCAUUCUGCCAUCUCACUGCCCGGAAAAGGACUUCGAACCGCGUCUGGCACAGGGUCACUGAGAGCCCAGAGGAGCCCCUGAACACCUCACAGAGUGUGGAAUCUGUCACCAGCCACCUGUCUCCCCCUAAUAAGGAGACCAUCAUGGUCACUCUCCAUGGGGCCACCAACCUACCCACCUGCAAGGAUGGCUCUGAGCCGUGGCCAUACGUGGUAGUGGAAACCACAUCUGAGGAUGUGAAGGACCAGAAUGCCAAGGCAGUCACAUCUGUGACCACAGAGCCCACCAUAGCCCCCAUCUGGGGGGACACGGUCAAAGUGGAGCUCCAAACUGAGGAUGCGGGACAAGAAGAUAUGGUCCUCAAGGUGAUGGACAAUAAAAAUAAAGAGGAGCUAUUGUCCUAUCAAAUCCCCAUCAAAUACCUGAGUCUCUUCCACCCCUACCACUUUGAGCUGGUGAAGCCCACCCAGUCUGGGAAAGCUGAGGAAGCCACUGCCAAGACCCAACUGUAUGUGACCAUCGUUCGGAAAGGCAGUUUCUUCCACCGCGACAUCGGCAGCAACCACACAGCUCUGGAGGUCUUUCUCCGGGGAAUCAACGAGCCCCUGGUCAACAACUCUGACCCCAUGGUGGUCAUUGCCAGGGUGGUUCCCAACUACAGUGAUUUUAAGGUCAAUCAAAUGAAGCAGGACCCAGCCUUCGUGGGGCUGCCCAUCACCCCACUCCCCUUCCCAAUCCCGUCUCUUCUGCACUUGGAUGUUCCUCGGGUCAGCCAGAACGGGUGUCCUCAGCUGUCCAAGCCUGGGGGACCCCCGGAGCUGCCCUCAUGGAAUCAGUCCUUCCUCUUCCAAGGCCGAGACGGAGCCACCAACUUCUCAGAAGACACAGCCCUGGUGCUGGAGUUCUACCCCUCGACUUCCAUGAAAGGCAGUGAACCGUGGACCCUCAGCAAGCCCCUGGGCAUCUCCGUGUUGCCGCUAAAGAACCGUUUGUACCGCAAGAUGCUGACAGGGAAAGGUCUGAAUGGGCUGCACGUGGAGAGGCUCCCCAUCACUGACACCAAGCUGAAAACCAUAAAUGGUGAGGCCCCCACAGUGGAUAUCUCCUUCCAGCUGCUUUCCUCUGAGAAGCCAGAAAACUUCUUGACACCAAACAACAGCAAGGCUCUGCCCAUCCUAGACCCCAAGAUCUUAGAUGAGAAGCUGGGUACCAUCCAUGCGUCCAACACCCUGGUGAGCUCUACAAUGGACUGUAACACAUCUGCCUCUCAGGAAGCAGAGGAAGAACCUCUGGUGCCCAAGAUAUCCCACGAAAUGCAAACAAGGCAGAUGGAGAUGGGAUGGCCUCUGGCUCUGCUCCUUAGCAAGACCGCUGAUGCAUCCCUGUGUCAUUGCCCAUCUCCGCUCCUGAUUGAACAGUGGGUGGGUGGGGCAGAAGUGCAGCUCUCCCGGUAAAUAAAGCCAAGAUGAUGAGGCCAUAAAUUGCUGAAGGCUU